GGCUGGAGCAGGAUCUGCGUUAAAUGCAAAUGUCCUCAGAGUGGAGCAUGGCCUCGAGCCUGGUGGAAGCCCUGCCCAGGAAAGAGCUGAAGGCCAGGAACCUGUCACUCCUUAACACUAUCUCCUUCUUCCAUUUUAGGUCCCAGGUGUGGCAUGGGGACAGAUAGUCCAGUCUAGGCAGCUGGGGACCAAGGGUGACCAUCUUGCACAUCCAUGGAAUCAUGAGUAAGGAUUUCACCUGCUCUGACUGGCUGUGCUAACAUCAUUCAUCUGCCUCCAGACUGCCUAGUGGCCCUCCUUCCACUGCCAUCCCUCUUCCUGAAGUGGCUUCUUGGGUUUAGAGAGCACAUUCACUUAGACUUCCAGAAGCUGGAGCCAGGACAUGGACUCAGUGACUGGUGCGGAUGUGGCUGUGGACUUUACCCAGGAAGAGUGGGCAUUACUGGAUCUUUCUCAGAGGAAACUCUACAGAGAGGUGAUGACAGAAACCUUCAGAAACCUGGCCUCAGUAGUUUCUCGAAACCCUAAUGAUGGAGAAAAGCUAUCCACUGAAAAUAUAAUAGUACGAUUCAUGAGAAAUGACAUCUGGUCCUCCAUGGUAGGAGAAAUCUACAAAUUGCAUGGCGUUGAAGAGCAGGAUGACAACCAGAAAACACAUGUGAGCAUGCAGCCUGUUUUUAACAGAAGGCAUAUGGUAGAGAACCUCUGUGAAAGUUAUGAAGAUGAUCAGUGUGGACAGACCUUCAGCUGGAUUCCAGAUGUUUCUGUGCUCAAAAGAACUCUUAUUGAAGCGUAUCGUUCUGAAUGCCCUGAGUGUGGAAAAUCCUUCAUGGAUCAUUCAUCACUUAGGCGUCAUAUCAGAUCUCACUCUGGAUGUAGUGCCUGUCAGUGUAAGCAAUGUGGAGCCUGCAGUUGUCGCUCUUACCUCAGCACUUCUGUGAGUGCUUUUACUGGAAGGAAACCCUAUGAAUGUAAAGAAUGUGGGAAAACCUUUAGGUGGCCAUCACAUCUCACUUCACAUGUAAGAUGUCACAGUGGAGAGAGGCCUUAUGAAUGUAAGGAAUGUGGCAAAGCCUUUCAUACAUCCUCAAACCUCACUAUACAUAUGAAAAUUCACAGUGGAGAGAGGCCUUAUGAAUGUAAGGAAUGUGGGAAAGCCUUUCGUCAGUCCUCAGGCCUAACUACACAUAAGAGAACUCACAGUGGAGAGAGGCCUUAUGAAUGCAAGGGAUGUGGCAAAGCCUUUCGUCUUUCCUCACACCUCACUAGACACAUGAGAACUCACAGUGGAGAGAGACCUUAUGAAUGUAAGGAAUGUGGCAAAGCCUUUAGUCAGUCCUCAAGCCUCACUACGCAUGUAAGAACUCAUAGUGGAGAGCAGCCGUAUGAAUGUGAGGAAUGUGGUAAAGCCUUUAGUCAGUCCUCAUACUUCACUAAACAUAUAAGUACCCACAGUGGAGAGAGGCCUUAUGAAUAUAAAUAAAACAAAGGUCCCCAGGCUGUGGAAAAUUCCACUGCCUCAGGCAGCUUGCUUAGCAUGCCCUGUAGCUUUAACAUUCUGGUUCCCUUUAACUGCUGCCCAAAACUAGAGGAAAUUGGCAGAAACCAGUUUAGGCGCCAUGUUGACAUUCUGAAUAACCUUUUAGCUCAUUAAAUACCUCAUACUUAGUAACUUCCCUACCACUGGGUGGAGUUUAACUGCCAUUUUCUGAACCUGCAAUGCAUGAAGUUACAUGUAAACCGCACUGCACCUGCACAGUAUGAUUAAGAAUGUUACUGAUGUAACUUGUAUGGACUUCCUACUUGUAAACCCCACAAAAGUAACCUUCCCUCUUUACCUCACUGAGCAGUCUUGGUGGCAGCAGCCCUGACUGUUCCUUUUGCAAUGAAAUAAAAGUGCCUUUCUGAUCUCCCACCUCAGUCUCUUGUUUAUUGUCUGAAAGAUUCGUGCUGAGCAAAACCUGGGGUUUCCACCUGGCAGCAUAAGGUAUGUGGCAAUGCCUUUAGUUGGCCAUCACACCUUACUACACAUGUAAGAACUCAUAGUUUAGAGAGUCCUUACGAAUUUAAGAAAUGCGGCAAAACGUUUAGUCACUCCAGACUUCACUGCACAUAUAAGAAGUCACAGUGGAGAGAGGCCUUAUGAGUGUAAGGAAUGAGGCAAAGCCUUUAUUUGGUCCUCAGACUUCACUAAGCAUACAUGUACUCACAGUGGAGAACAGUCUUAUGAAUGUAAGGAAUGUGGGAAAGUCUUUUAUAUGUCUUCAGACCUCACUAUGCACAUGAGAAUACACAGUGGAGA